AUGGAUGACUUGCACGCACCCACCGUGGCAUCUGGUCCAACUUCCUACGCAGCGGCCAAUGGAACAGAGAGAGAGCUUUCGCUUAGCGAGCUUUCAACGAAGAAGGAGAACUUGGAGGCCGAGCUGUCCGCUCUCGGAUCGGUACUUGAAUCCCACGGGGUAGACAUGCGAACGCCCCUUCUCACACCUGAUGGCUUUCCGCGAGCCGACCUAGACAUCGCUCAGAUCCGUACAACAAGGGCGCGCAUAAUCCGCCUGAAGAACGAUCACAAGGCGUUGAUGGCGAAGUUGGAAACUGCCGUGCACAAGGCUUUCGCAGAGGGCAAGCCUUUAGCGAACGGUGCCGCCUCAGCAACACGAGCUCCAGUUACGCAAAACAGCAUAAGCAGUGGUGCUGGGUCCAGUGUCCUACGAAGUUCUGUCAUUGAGCCGCCUUUCGCAAGAGUCAAUAGCGUGGUACCAGGAAGUCCAGCAGAUCAAGCAGGCUUGAUGAGUGGUGACAAGGUGACGAGCUUUGGCAGCAUAAACUGGACAAACCAUGAGCGGCUCAGCCGGGUCGCUCAAGUUGUUCAGCAGAACGAGAACCGGGCGAUCCUUGUUAAGGUCUUACGCGACACCUCGAUGCAGGCUGCCUUGUCAACUACGGAGUUGUCAUUAACACCAAGACAUAACUGGGGUGGGCGAGGUUCACUUGGUUGCCAUCUGGUGCCGCUUUGA